AUUAAAUAGCUAUUUAUUGGAAUUCAUGAGUUACCAAACAGGCAUAUUUUAAUUAAGUAAAUUCGAAUAUAAAAUGUGGGAAUAUUUUUGAGUGGCGCUAGUGUGCUUCGAAAUCGUUUCUUGUUACCUAUAUACUUUGUUUAUGGUUAACCUAUGUACUACGCGUAAUAAAUAACAAAAUCAAAACUUGUGGGUACAACAAAAUACCAAAUUUAAAAAAUGAAGCGAAAGAAGAUGGCCACCACAAACAGCCAUAUUGAUUUCUUUGAUAAAAGAUACAAAUUCAAUAACAACAACUGGUCAUUACCCAUGAAUGUUUUUUCUGAUGAUCACUGGCAAAUACCUGCACUACAAGCAAAAAGAGAAGAAUUAAAUGCAACAAAAGAAAUGCUUAACAACUAUGAUUUGAGUGCCUGGUCAUUUCAUACGAAAAAAAGGGAUCCAAGCACUAUGAUUAUAAAAACAAUAAGAAAGAAUUUCAAUCCAGAAUUGCUCACUCAGGCCUGGUGUAAAUUUUAUGAAUGUUUAUCCAAAUUUGAUAUAAUCUCUCCCAAAGCUAUUGAAAAGGGUACAUUAAACAGUAUGCAUCUUUGUGAAGCACCAGGUGGAUUCAUAUCAGCUCUAAAUCAUUACCUAAACACCAAAUAUAUUAAUUUAAAGUUGCACUGGUAUGCAAACACUCUGAAUCCUUCAUAUGAGGGGAAUCCUACAAAUCAAAUGAUUCCAGAUGACAGAUUGAUAGCUCACACCAAAGAAUCUUGGUUGUUUGGGGCUGAUCAGACUGGUGAUAUUAUGAAAUUCCACAAUUAUAUACACAUCACCAAAGAAGUGCUGGAAAAAUGUCCAGAGAAAUUAGAUCUGAUAACUGCAGAUGGCAGUAUAGACUGUAUGAGUGAUCCUGGCAAUCAAGAACUUCAUGUGGAACAUUUACAUUUUUGUGAAGUCAUAACAGCUUUAUCUCUGUUAAAAACAGGAGGAAAUUUUGUACUGAAAAUAUUCACCACAUUUGAGGACUCAACUAUCUGCUUACUUUAUCUCCUCAACUGCGUUUUCACAUCAGUAUGUAUAAUAAAACCCAUCACUUCAAAGAGUGGCAAUUCAGAAACUUACGUUGUUAAUCAAACAUUCAAAGGAAUUGAUUAUCUCACAACAAUAUGGCCGCAUCUUCUAAACCACUAUAAAAAUCCUUGCAAAACAAAAGCCUUAUUUGCUUUAUCAGACAUACCGGAUAGUUUUCUCAAUCAGAUUACAGAGUGCGCUGAUUAUUUCAUGCGCCUGCAAAUCACCACUAUCCAUGAAAACAUCAAUCGUUUCGGGCAGCAGUCGAAACAAUACAAUUACAAACUGUUUCAGUAUCAGACUGGAAUUGUUAACAAGUUCUUAACCCUGCAUCCCAUACAAUCACUUGACACUGAAGCGCGUAUUGUUCCUGAACAUGAGCUAAAACUAAUGAGUUUGCGCAAUGGAUGUAUGAAAAAGUCUGGUUUAUUUAAAUUAUAUAAUAACCAAAACAAACGAAAAUUAAUUGUAACUUUGUUUGUGGGAAAAAGAUUACGACGGUUUUCUAUUCAAAAUUUGCACGAGUUGAAGAUCUACGCGAUAAUAUAAAAACUAAUAUUUUAAACGAGUUAUCAUUGUUUAAUCAAUGUAAAAAUCAUAUAAAUAAGUCCUGUGAAGUAAUUUCAUGUGAUUCUAGUUCAAACUUACAUCAGACUUAUCAGAAUCAUAUGAUUUUACGACAAAUUCUAUCACUAUUUAAGAACAAUAGCAAUAAAAAUGUUCUAAUUAUUAA